AUGCUAUUUGAAGAAGAAAAACUCUUGAAGAAAACCUUCAUAAAUAUUGUUUUUCAGGUAGUUCCUGGCCUUAGUGGUUACCUAUCAUACAAAGAUCGUAGCUUUUGCACGUUAAAAGCAGAUUUUAUGCAGCUACUUAAAGAAACCACCAUAAUUGAACGUAACUCACGCUGGAGUGAGAUUAAAAAAAAGAUUGACUCCGAUCCCAGAUAUAAAGCUGUUGAGAGCAGCUCUCGGCGUGAAGAUUGGUUCAGGGAUUAUGUAAAAAACAUAGAAGAGGAAUCUGAUGAUGAAGAUCGCAAAGAGAGAGAGAAACAGGAAAGAGUUGAGGCUAGUCUAAGGGAACGAGAGAAAGAAGUUCAACGAACUUUAUCCAACUCUCUGAGAGAAAGAGACAAAGAGAGAGAACAACAUAAGAAAGAUGAAGCAAUCCAACAUUUCAAAGCACUUCUUGCUGAUUUGGUUAGAAAUUCUGAAUCUUCUUGGCGUGAGACAAGGAAACAACUUCGGAAAGAUCAUCGUUGGGAACUUGCUGAUUUGCUUGAUCGUGAUGAAAAAGAAAAACUCUUUGAAGAACAUAUUGAUAUUCUAAAUAAGAAGAAUAAGGAAAUGUUUCAUAAGCUCUUAGAUGAAACUUUACAGAUUACUUUAACUUCUUCUUGGAAAGAUGUAAAAAAGAUGAUUAAAGAAGAUCCAAGGUAUUCCAAAUUUUCUUCUAGUGAUCGGAAAAGAGAGAAAGAGUUUGAAGAUUAUCGCUAUGAACAAGUUGCCCAAGCAAAGGCUGAUUUCCGAGAAUUAUUAAAGGAGACCAAAUUAAUCACUUACAAAUCUAAAAAAAUGAUUGAAGAAAAUGAAAUGCAUCUAAAAGAUAUUGAAACAAUUUUACAGAAUGAUCGGAGAUAUCUUGUGUUGGAUUGCAUACCUGAUGACCGCAAAAAGAUUCUGUUAUCCUACAUUGAUGAUCUGGACAGAAAAGGUGUUCCUCCUCCACCCACAGCAUCUGAACCAUCCCGAAGAACUACCAAAUAA